UUUGAUAUGGUAAAGAAGAAAAGGAAGAAAGGUGCCACUUCUGUUGUGUGGUAUGCAACAAGAAUUAUUGAAUUUCUUGGUCGGCGCACACCUAUUGUCCUCAAGAAUAAGAAUACACGCUGCUCUCUAGUAGCACUAUGUAAUGUUCUCCUUCUUGGAGAGAAGAUAACUCUCAAUUUAGAUAUCAAGAAGGUGUCUGAGGGCCACCUCAUCUAUCUUGUCCAGAGUUAUCUGUUGUAUGGGAAUACACAAAUGCAGUUGGAACAAAACUUGGAACUAUCAGAGUUCAAUAAACAAGUUCUUGGUGUAUUGCCGAAGCUCCCGGGCAGCUUGUACUUUGAUGUGAAAUUUGCUAGCUCCUGUGGUUUUGAGCAGACCUUAGAAACUGCACUAUUUGGUUGUCUCGGUGUCCCUCUACAUCAUGGUUGGAUGGUUGAUCGCCAGGAUGUGGAGUUGGGCUCCUCCAUACACAGAAGCUGCUACUUCAGACUUGCAGUAACUCUUGCUAUGUAUGAAUCACUUCUACCCGAGCAUCAAAAGUAUGAUGUUGGGUGUAAAGACGACAUGUUCUAUUCUGCGCUUGCAUUCUCUUCAGCUGAACCAGAAGAGCUUACCGGUUGUGCAAGGAUCUCGACUUUUUUGAGGGGCCCUCAGCUAACCCCUUAUGGAUUCUCUUCAUUAAAAAAUGACCUUGAAGAGAGACAGCCCUCUCUCUUACUUUGGAAUGAAACAUUACUUACAGUAUCUAAGGUUGAAGACCAAAUUUAUGUAUUGCUGAAUGAUAUUUCCUUGUUGAGUACUCAUACCGAUGCGGUGUGGGAAAGGUUAAGAGAGGGAAAUGAUGAUGGAUAUUUUGUUGAUCGUAACUUCAUGCCUACAAAUUCAUUGAUUCAAUCAAUACUGCCACUAACAAAAAAUGAAAGAAAGACGUGGAAGAAAAAAGCGGAGAUGGGUCUGAAGGGGCGCUUACUACCCAAGGAGAAAGAGGAGGAUAGGAACGAUGACAAAAAGGAGGAUAGGAACGAGGACAGAGACUAUGAGAAGAAUGAGGAGAAAGAUGAUGAGAAGAAUGAGGAGAAAGACGAUGAGAAGACUGAGGAGAAAGACGAUGGGAAGACCGAGGAGAAAGGUGAUGGGAAGGCUGAGGAGGAAGAUGAGAAUAUACAGGAGAAAGCAAUUAUAUCUGGCAUGCGUGGCAACUUGAAUAUGAGGCCUAUUGAUUUUUUCGGACGAUCUACCCAUAUUAUCCACCAGAUAAAUGAUGGCCCAUGCGCCCUAAUUGCCGUCUGCAAUAUUCUACUGCUCAAGGGGGACAUCUUUUUUGAAUGA